AGGCGGCGGCGGCGGCGGCGGGGCCAUGGCGGACCCGCGGAGACCCGGCAAGGUGGCGCGGUACAAGCCCCCGGCCACCGAGACCAACCCGGCGCUGGAGGACCCGACCCCCGACUACAUGAACCUGCUGGGGAUGGUGUUCAGCAUGUGCGGGCUCAUGCUCAAGCUCAAGUGGUGCGCCUGGAUCGCCGUUUACUGCUCCUUCAUCAGCUUCGCCAACUCGCGCAGCUCCGAGGACACCAAGCAGAUGAUGAGCAGCUUCAUGCUCUCCAUCUCGGCCGUGGUCAUGUCGUACCUGCAGAACCCCCAGCCCAUGUCCCCGCCGUGGUGACGGGUUUGGGGGUCCCUCGGUGGGGGCAAUAAAGGGGGGUCGUGGCA